UUUUUAACCUCAAUUUUCGUCUGUUGCGAAUCUCUCUGUCUCUCGAUUUUACUACACCACUUAAAAGGCGAAUUCUUUUCUGCAAUUUUGGCAUCCUUUCUUCCAUUCGAGGGAGAUCAUUUUUGGAUUCUUGAAGUUUCUUGGCGUUCGUUGAUUUCCGAGCAUCGAAUUCGGAUAGAUGCAAUCGAUUUAUCAGAGCUCGGGCUCGGGCCCUACAUUAGGUCUGUUGUCUUGAUUGUGGAGGAGAAGAAUUUAGGUCUCUGCCGUCUGUUUCUCCGGUUGAUCAUCGGUUUCCACCUGCUGCGAUGAACCACGAUGAUGCUUCUGACCUAGACCCUUCCUUCGUCCCAAGAUUGCGUCGCAGCCGAAGAAACGGUGAGGAUCGCUCCUCUUUCAAUCGUAUCAUUGUUCUACGCGAUCCCUCUAAUUCGGGCGCUAUUAGUAAUAAUGGUGUUGGAGGUGGAGGAAAUUAUGAGAUUUAUUAUGAUGAUGGUACGGGGGCUAGUCUCCGUUCCUUGCCUUCUAAUAUAUCCGAGUUCUUGAUGGGAUCGGGGAUCGAUCGCCUUCUCAAUCAAUUGGCGCAACUGGAGGUGAACGGGGUUGGCCCAUUGGAACACCCACCGGCGUCGAAGGCUGCAAUUGAAUCUUUGCCUGUGGUUAAGAUUCUUGCUAGCGAUGUGCCUUUGGAAUCACAUUGUGCGGUCUGUAAGGAACCAUUUGAGCUCGACUCUGAGGCUCGACAGAUGCCGUGUAAGCAUAUUUACCAUUCGGAUUGUAUAUUUCCUUGGCUUUCUAUCCGGAAUUCCUGUCCUGUUUGUCGCCACCAAUUGCCUACCGAUGCGCAUGGCAGUGGCAGGAGCUCCCCAGCUUCUGCUGAAGAAGUUGUUGGAUUAACAAUUUGGAGGCUUCCCGGUGGGGGAUUUGCUGUUGGAAGGUUCACUUGGGGAAGGGGAGCUGCAGAACAUGACCUUCCUGUUGUUUACACUGAAAUUGAUGGUGGGUUUAGUACCACCAGCGGUGUUCCAAGGAGUAUUACAUGGGCGUCAAGUGGGAUAAGAUCAAGUGAAAGUGGUGGAUUUCGUCGUAUUUUUCGCAAUUUCUUCUCCUUUUUUGGGAGGUUUAGAAGUACAUCCCGUCGUUCUGGUUCAGUUACUGGUUUAAUUAGAAGGAGCUUCUCUACUACCUUAUUCAACAGACGCUCAAGGAGGAAUAAUCACUCUAUGGUGUCGGACGCAAACUAUACAUUUUCUGCUUAGUUAUAUACUUAUAGAGAGGUUGAAUUCCCAUCCUGUAUGCUCUUUACAAUUUUUGUUUUAUCAGAUGUAUAUAGCUAUACAUCAAAAAGAAAUACUGAAUUUGAUAGCUUAAAUAUAGUUGACUGGAGAGUUUUUGACAUGGUGGGACAAGUAUAUGUAGAGAUAAGGAAGGGAGAGAGUUGUAGAAUCUGCCCAGUCAAGGGUUUUUCGCAGUUCGAGUAUUUGAUAUCUUUUGCUGUUUGAUGUUAGAAGGAAAGAGAUGGGUAAGGAAUUCUUUUUGAUGUCUAGUAGGUUCAUUUUUUCCUUUUAUGCAACAUAACAUUGUAACUUCGCUGCAAAGCAGCUCUUAUCUUUAGAAUACGAAAAUCUUCUGUUUUUAGUA